UUUUUUUUGUUUUUUUUUGUUUUUAUACCUUUUCUCACAUUUUAUAUUUUUAUUCUUAAUUUUAUUUUUAAUUUUUAAUUUUAAUUGAUUACACAUAAAAGAAAUAUCAGCACAAGUAAUGCGUGAGUUCAAAUUGGUUGUCCUCGGCUCUGGUGGUGUCGGAAAGUCUGCGCUAACCGUCCAAUUUGUUCAAUCAGUGUUCGUAGAUCGAUACGACCCAACAAUUGAGGAUUCCUAUCGAAAACAAGUUGAGGUUGAUGGUCAACAAUGUAUGCUCGAAAUACUCGAUACCGCCGGUACAGAACAGUUUACAGCAAUGCGUGAUCUUUAUAUGAAGAACGGACAGGGCUUUAUCUUGGUGUUCUCAAUCACUGCUGCUUCGACAUUUGACGAAUUAACAGAGCUACAUAAACAAAUCCUUCGGGUAAAAGAUAGCACUACGGUGCCAAUUGUGCUUGUUGGUAACAAAUGUGAUCUAGAAAGUGAUCGAAGGGUUGCACGGGAGAAAGGUGAUCAACUAUCUGCACGAUGGGGCCCGACGCCGUAUUUUGAGACAUCAGCACGAGAAAGGACAAAUGUGGAUGAGGUCUUCUACGAACUAGUCCGGAGGAUCAAAGAGCAGAACCCCUCUCGAGGCGAUAAAGGGAAGCGUUCCAAAAAGUGCAAGAUCCUCUAGUCAAUCAUUUUUAUUAUUGUUAUUAUUAUUAUUUUUCUCCUUUCUCUCCGCCAACACUCAAAGGAUAUCCCAGAAAUGCUUCAGACUUGCAAUGCCAGCAGCAUCAUGAUUAGGCAAACGUAAAUUGAUAUUAGCAUAUACAGGACGUUAUGGUGCACAUGCAAGCCUCCACAUAAUGAAGCACAUCCAGGCACAGAUUUACAUAAAAAAGGGGAAAACAAAAAAAAUGGAAAAAUGCCAGAAUCGAUCAUCUUCAAGUUCCAAAUGAGGUCUACGUAUUAAAAUUAUUACAUUUUUGUAAAUUUUCGCCUUGAUAGAUAUACAAUGACACAUAUAAAGCUUUCGCUGAGAACUGA